CGACUAGCGCCCCCUGGCCGCGUCUGGCGCGGCGACUGGUUGGUUUGUAUGCAGGAGUGUUUGCUCUGUUUGCACCAGGGCACUCGACAUCAAAUGCGACCCCUAAGCGAGGAUUAUCAACAGCCUGCGGCUCACGCAAAGCAACUGCGAAUGAAUUCAAACUUUGCCUAUGAUUUCCUCGAGCAAUUUUCAAUUUGCAACCAAAUAUUCAGCAGCCUGUGAUGCUGCUAUAUUGGGAUACUCGCUUCUAUAUCUCUUUCAAGCAACGCAGCCCCAAUCCCCCUGGCGAGCGGCCCCAGGAAGUGCAACAAACACCCAGCAAGCUACUUUAAAGUCGAAGCGCAAUGCCUCUUUUGGACACAAAAUGAAGCCGACAAGCGACGGCAAAUGGGGCGAGCCACCCUCCCUGGCCAUCACCACGUGCGGAAGGGGUAGUGUGGGCCUGCAGCCUGCCCUGCAACCCGCCGACGGUUUCCCCGGAUCACGGCGUUGCGCAGCCGAAGGCCCGUCCGCGGCGGCGACGGCGGCUGCGGCUCCAGUGAUGAACCAGGACCGUCGUCGCCUUUGCCGCAGUGCCGUCGGCGUCACCGUCUCUACACCGUGCUCCGUACUGUGUACAAUAGCCCAUGGUCGUCGUCGUCGUCGUCGUCGUCGUCGUCGUGACGUCGCCCGUGAUUGUUGUGUGCUCGAUAGUGUGCGGCGAUUCGAGUACGAUCACUAAUCCCGCACCCUCUUGGUAGGUUUUUCCUCCGCGGGGUCCUCCACUCUCCCUCCAGGCAGCAAAGCAACAGCAACGGCAACAGCAAGCAAAGCACACCUCGUCACAGUCGUACUCGCGUGUGCUGCCACUGCCGCGCACGCCUGCAAUCUCGCCGUCUCCGACCGACUCCCUCCCAC